UCUUCCUUUUGGGUCAAUGCUUUUUCUAAUACAACAUAUGGAGAUGUAUCCUGUCAUCCUGUCAUUGGUUUAAGAGGACUCGUGAGAAGCCAUUUCCUUAAAGAAACCCCAGCCAUUUUGUACUCAGUGCUCUACUGAGGAGGAAAGAGAAGAAGAAAGCAGUGAAGCUCUUUCACCUCUGUACGCCGAUUUCAACCUCCGUUCAUCGGAAAACUUCACCGCCGGCACCGAAGAACUCCUAGUACCGCUCACCGAAGGCCCUCACCACCAUUGCUCAUGUCCGUCGCGCAUCGUCAUCGCCAUCGCCAUCGCCAUCGCCAUCGCCCUCUGUCUAAUGGACUCCUCAUUUCUGUGGGAUCCUCACCCAAUCUCACCUCAUCGUUGACCAGCGUCGUACGCCACUGCUAGCGCCACUGCCACCGCCGCCGCCGCAUCCUCACAGUCAACUGCUGGUCCUCGAUUUCUGGAACUGAAACUUAUGUCAGUAUCGAGUAUGAAGCUUCAUCAACAUUUGAUUUGCAGAAUGUUGUGAUUUCAGUACCUCUUCCAGCUCUUAGAGAGGCACCAAAUGUAAAGUAGAAUGAUGGUGAAUGGAGGUGUGAUUCCAGAAAUUCCAUUUUACAGUGGUCCAUACUUCUCAUUGAUAACUCAAACUGCAGUGGAUCUAUGGAGUUUGUUGUCCCUCCAGUAGAUGCAUCAGUCUUUUUCCCGAUUUCUGUGCGUUUUACUGCUACAAGCACAUUCAGUGAACUAAAGGAAACUAUUCCUUCGUUGGAAACAAAUUCAAAUGAGAGUCAUAUUGAUCAGCUUGGAAGUGGUGGAGAAUGCUCAAGCCCUUUAGAUGGACCAAUCAAAAGUGGAUCAUCAAUUUCUGCUAUCUGUACUAGUUCAAAGCCUGAUUUUUCAAAGUUAAAGGGUGAAAUAUGCUUGGACAACCUAUUAGUUAGGGAACUUCAUGAAACCUUUAAAGCAACAUUUGGACGGAAAACUUCUGUCAAGGACAAACAGUGGCUGAGGAGGAAGAUUGCCAUGGGAUUGGCCAACUCUUGUGAUGUUCCAACUACAACUUUUGUGAUUAAAGAUAACAAAGUGGUGAAGAAAGGUAAAGAAGAAAGCUUUAAGAGUGUGGAUCAUACCCCUGCUAAGGUUCUGUCAGUUGGAGUGAAUGAAAACUGUGGAGGUUCACCAAUUGGAUGCAAUAACCAAAUAGAAAAUCCUCAAAAUGUUUGUGGCAAGAUAUUGACAGAUCCUAGUUCAGAAUAUGAUUGUAGUGUUGAAGAUUUGAACACUGAAUAGAGAGCAGCAAAAAGAGUUCGGAAUGGAAGAAGCAAGCAAAUGUGGGAAGCCAUCUAAGGGUAACUUUCAUGCUACUGCUGCAUGAAUGUAUAUAUUGGGAAUGUAAAGUUUAGUAUGUAGCUUUUACCUUGUUAUCUUGCAGACAGUCUUGCUAUUUUUUUGGUGGGGAAGGUUAAGUUGAUUCUGUUCUCUCUCUGUGUCUGUCUCUCUUUGUACUUGACACGAUUGUAAAGAAAUAAAGUUGUCUUGUAAUGUUUAUGAUUGA